AUGAAUGGUUUGAAUCUGUUUUUAAAGAAGGAUGGAUCUGCCUUACAAGACCAGUUUUGGGCUGAGAACGUUGUGCCGACGUCGAGUGGUACCGGGAACACAGGUGUUCGUACCAAUGGUCAAACGCAUAAUGGAUAUCAUUUGAACAGCUGUCCUCAACAAGGGCCUGUGCGGUCUCAGGCGGCUGGAUACGCAAGUGUACCGUAUAAUCAACUACAGCAGGGCGCGAUGCAAUACUCACCGAUGCCCUUACCACCCUCUAUCAUGGCUCAUAGUGGCGCUGUCAUGAUAGGAUCGGGUAGUAGUAAUCCUUCAAGUCCUCAGCAGUCGAAGAAACGGGUUGCUAGGGCGUGCGAUCAUUGUAGGAGAAGAAAGAUCAAGUGUGAUCCAGUCAAUCCGCAGACGAACAAGUGUAGUAACUGUACAAAGUAUGAUGCUAAUUGCACUUUCAGAGUGCGUGAUGAUGUAGAGAAAAGGAAGAGAGCGAAUGAGGCGAUAGAUGGGUCGGGAGGAGUCUCCGAGGAUUUGAACAUCUUAGGGUUUGCUCCCACGCCUGGGAUGGGACAAAAUGGAGAUGAGUAUCAUGCAGGCAAUAUGGAAAGAUUCGAAUCGAUGCCUUUUGUUCCUAAAUGCAACGAGCGAAAAGCAGACCUGUCCGGUAAGGUGGAAAAGCUUGAUAAGAAAGUGUCUGUUAUUGCUGAUAAUCUGACCAAAAUGAGGUGGAUGCUAGAAAGACUAGUCCAGGGCAAUGAGGUAAUCAGCCAGCCUGACAACCGAUUGAAAUCGAAACCAAAGCAAUACUCCACAACUCUACUGACACCACGGAUAUUGAAUUGGGCAGAUAAGAAGUUACAAACUCACCAGACGGAAAAUUCAAUAAUAGCUCCAAUUAGAGAACUUUUGACGACAACCACGAAGUGGCAUCUUCUGCAAAUGAAGGCUGUGACAGAUUUCUCGGUGCCCUUUUUCAAAGAUGGGAAGUACUGUUUACAUCCAAUACCACCGAGAAUUCAGGCUAAACGUAUUGUUGAAUCUUUCAGAUCUGCUAUGUUGGUCGCAUCCGCCCCGGCAAUAAUUAUGGCAGACUAUUACUCCUCACUAAUUGAUGAAUACUACACAUCAGAGUGCCUAUCCUACGCGGAGUUAUUACUGGUAAACGCUAGCAUCUGCUUCAGUGCCUCAAGGAUGAGCGUUAUGAACUCUAGUGAUUCCUAUCGUCUCAGAAAAGACAGAUACGAUCCCAGUAAAGAAGAACUUCGUAAGAUUGAGCACGAUACCUUGCUGAAUGCUAUUUAUUACUACAAUCGAGUGUCAGUUGGAGGACCUAGUGUGACCGGGGUACAAGGACUGCUAUUGCUAAGUGUUUAUUUACAAGAAACACUGGAUACUGAACUUGCGUAUGCAACACACUCAACUGCCGUAAGGUUCGCUGUCGAUUUAGGCUUGAAUCAAAUAUCGUCAUACGUUAAUUUGACUAUGGAGGAGGAAGUCCUGAGAAGAAGCUUAUGGUGGCUUUGCUGCAAUUGUGAUAAAGUGUUCGCUGUUUUCUUGUCGCGCCUCACCUUGAUUAAAGAUCAGGACAUGGAUAUGCUUUCAGAUGAAAAUUAUUUCGAGUUUGCUAAGAGGACUCUUGAGCUGAAAAAACCUAAGUUCAAGGACGAAAUCAGAAAGCUGCCCAAUUUAGAAAGCUGCUUGAGUUAUAUGGUUGAUUUUUGUGAUUUUUUGCCUAUGCAUAUGUCCUAUUUCAUUUUAAAGCUUAUAAGAUUUGAGGAAAAGAUAAUCGAGAAUUGUUUUACUGUCAGAAGUACUGUAAAUUGUUCAUUUGAUAAUACUAUCGAUAGGGUAUUAGUUUUACGUGAAGAUCUGGAUAACUGGGCUAAAACAUUGCAUCCGUCAAUGCAAUUGAGCAGCUACAAAAAUUACAUCUCUUUACUAUAUGUUCGAGAUGGAGUAGACAAUCCAGCCCUUACAUUUGAGACCGCUUGUUCCCGUGUACUUCGAAGCCACUUUCGCUGCAUGCAUGCAAGAAUUGUGCUAAGCAUGUUUGCAGUGGCUUUUAUUGUCGAUAAUGCCGCACAAUCCAUAGGAUCUCGUCACCAAAUCACCAGCAUUCAUCGAUUGUUUGUUGACGAUCAGGUGGAGUACUGUGUGCAAAUGUUGAAACUUUUUCAGAUGGUGGAUUAUGAGAGGCAUCUCUAUAAUGCGCUACUGUUCUCACUAUUAACAGGUGUCUUCACGCUUAUCCUCUACGCCAUAAAGAAUAUCGACGAUGAACCGAAUGAACGAAUGACUGAAAUUAUUCAACUUUUAAUAGCGACGCACUCUCACUUGGUGGGAGAUAAUGCCGAGUACUUGGUCUCUGAUAAUUACAAAUGGAAUACGUCAGUAUUCUUUUACACAAUACUACUAACCAGACUACUUCAGAGCUACAAUGCCCGCCACUCACGGAACAAAAAGCCUGCUUUUAAGCUUGGGAUCUAUGAUGGUAUGCUAGAAAAAAUAAUGCGCCAUGCGGAUAAGCUCAAGAAUGAUUCCAUCGAUCGUAUGGUCUCUUAUAUGAGAGAUUUCAAUUUAACUGAGGAUCAGAGUAAAGUCAAUUUUGUAGAACCCAGUUCGCACUUCUUUCCCCUUUCGCAAAAUUCAGUUCCGGGCAUUAGAGAUUCCACACUAAGAUUUUUCAGGUCUUCAGAACCUUUUGAGAUCUUACCUACACCUAGUAGAGGGCACAAGAAUUUGGAUGAGCAGGUCCAUCAGGAAGAAUCUUUAUUUCGUACUGAGGGCUUGAGUUUGUCAGAGUAUUCUGACACAUUUAACCCCGAAGCAUUCGCCGAAGAACUCAUAGGACCUGAUACCAUCUUUUCCACGGUUGAUGUUUCUGGCCAGAACUAUGAAGAAUUGCAGGACUCAUUCUACCCUUACGCGUUGUUUUAUGAUAGAGAUACAAGGUUUUCACACGUUUUAGCUGACCGACUAGGCCAACCACGCGGUUAA